CGCACACUUCAGGGUCGCCAACCGUUCGUGUGGGGAAUUAAAUAAUUCUCAAAAAAUAUGAAAUCAUUGACCAGCAAAUUAAUUAAAACUGUCGGAUACAUAAUUCAAUACGGCUGUGUUGUACACUGCGUGUCUAAAUAUUUGGGAGAUAUUGUUAUGUGCUCGGGAAGAUCAAUGGAACCUACUGUAUACUCGGAUGAUAUUGUCUUUAUCGAACACUUAUCACCCCGCUUUAGGUAUAUAAGUAGAGGCGAUGUCAUUAUUGCCAAGUGUCCGACGAAUCCCAAGCAAUACAUUUGUAAACGGGUCGUCGGGUUACCGGGGGAUAAGAUAAAAACGGGUUUCACGACGUCACAAACGGUCCCACCGGCUCACGUAUGGUUAGAAGGGGAUAAUAGAGAAAAUUCGUCCGAUUCUAGAGCUUACGGACCAGUUCCUUUAGGAUUAAUUUGUAGUAGAGCUAUGUUUGUAAUAUGGCCUUUUAAGCACAUUGGUAGUUUUGUAUAAAUAUAAUUGAUACUGGAAAUUAUAAAUUCAGUGGUAGGUACUCUUGAACAAAAUUUCCGAUCAAUAUGCUGGGAAGUAGGGAAUCCCAUAUUUCAUACCUGUAGACCUACAGGAAUAGAUUUAGCACAAGACUCAUAAGUUUCAGACCCAACCUUAUGUAUGAGACUGUCGUAAGUGGACUAUUCAUUUUGAUAGUGUGUUCAGUCUCCUUGUUGAAAAAGUGAUCGACUUUUGCUUUCAUUUGAAUGCGUACACAUUCUAUUCAAAAAUUGUAUGGCAUUUUAAUAAAAAAACGAGCAGUAUGAAAUAAAAUGUUUUACAUUA